AUGUCGAACCCUCUGGACACGGACGCAGGCUCCGAGCUCUUCAGCACCUACGAAGCCGAAUUGAAACUCGUGGAAGCAGAUAUCACCCAGAAGCUAGACCAGAUCCCUGAACUGUCUGGUGAACAGCGUAAAGCCGCCAUCCGUGGCGCAGAACGGGCCAUUGAAGAGGCAAAGGAGCUGUUGGACCAAAUGACGCUUGAGAAAUCGAAUAUUCCAACAUCCGCGCGGUCCAAAGUAAACACCCGUUUCCGCAACCACCAGUCCGACGUAGACAGCUUGACCCGCAAGCUGAAAUCACUGGCGGAUUCAGACCGCAAACAACUCUUCGGCGACCGGUACACAGACGACCCAGAAGCAGGCCCGCGUGAUCUGCAACUUGAGCAGCGCCAGCAACUCCUCUCUGGCACGGAGCGACUUGGCCGGAGUAGCAACCGACUGAGGGAAAGUCAGCGCAUCGCCCUUGAGACAGAACAGAUUGGUGCAUCAACACUGGCAGAUUUGCAUCAGCAGAGGAAUGUGAUUGAACAUACGCAUCAAAAUCUACUCCAGAGCGAGGGAUAUGUUGAUCGGAGCGUCAAGACGUUAAGGGGGAUGGCGCGUAGGAUGGCUACCAAUCGGAUGAUCACUAUCGCCAUUAUCACGAUUUUGGUGUUGUUGAUCAUAGGUGUGAUUUAUAGCAAGUUUAGGUGA